UUAAGAUAAGUAUGUUAAGUAUAUAACCAGAGCAGUCUAUGCUUGUAGGUAUCAGAGCGACUGACCCUACCAGGUGUGGCGAUCGGGCUGGCCUGGACUCCGAUGGGUGGAGAGAUCAUGUUUGUGGAGGCCAGUCGUAUGGAAGGAGAAGGUCAGUUGACUCUGACAGGACAGCUGGGCGAUGUCAUGAAGGAAUCAGCCCAUUUAGCUAUCAGCUGGCUCCGCAGCAAUGCCAAAACAUACCUCCUCACUAAUGGCAUUGCUGAUCCCCUGGAGGGUACCGAUAUACACUUGCACUUCCCAGCAGGUGCCGUCACUAAGGACGGACCCUCCGCAGGUGUUACCAUAGUAAUCUGCCUGGCCUCGCUGUUGAGUGGGCGGCUGGUGCGCUCUGAUGUGGCCAUAACUGGAGAGAUCACUCUAAGAGGACUGGUGCUGCCGGUGGGAGGUAUAAAGGAUAAAGUAUUGGCAGCUCACCGGGCCAAUCUGAAACGAGUUAUCAUUCCCAAGCGCAAUGAGAAAGAUCUGGAGGAGAUACCUCCCCAUGUGCGAGCUGACCUGGAUUUUGUUUUCGCCAGCACUUUGGAUGAAGCCCUGAAUGCAGCCUUUGAUGGCGGGUUUCCCGCGGCUGUCAGUCAUCUACAAGUUGUCAGCAAACUCUGAGACUGUAGUUGCUAGACAAACUAGCAACUAGAC